AUGUCCGAUACCUGUAUUGUUUGUUUAGGAGACCUUGGUGAAGGGGCGGGUGAUCCUCUUGAGCCUGUUAUUGAUUUGAAUGACUUCAAUGGCGACUCUCAGAUCGCUCAGCUACUUCCCUGUGGUCAUAUCCUACAUAAUAAUUGUUUAAAGCCAUGGGUUGAACGAGCAAACAGUUGUCCGAUAUGUCGGCGCAGUUUCAAUAUGGUGGAGUUGAGUGAUAAUGUCGGAGGAACUGUUACUUCAUCCUACGCUGUCCAGGAUCGAACCCAAGUGGCCGAAGUUGACCCUUCUAUGAUAAUCGAAUAUGCGGAGGAUGACUUGACCGAUUUUCAACCAUGUACAAUUUGCGGACAAGCCGACAACGAGGAUGUUCUCCUAUUAUGCGAUGGGUGUGAUGGGCCUUCUCAUCUAUACUGCCUAGGUUUGGAUGAGAUCCCCUCGGGGUCAUGGUACUGCCAACAAUGCGAGGAGCUACGUGCCCAGGGACCGGCUCCCGAGGUAUCAGCACGGCCGUCUCGAGCGAUCGAACAGCGGAGUCGACGAACUAGGGCCCAGCAGAGACGACUGCAGAAUCGGACUCAGACGAAUUCUCUACAUUGGGCACGAGUCUGGCAGUCUGUCUGGGAUCAUCUGAAUCUCGAUCUUGAUUUCCCCUUCGAUGACGACCGAUCUGCCGAACGUGCGAUGCAACAGCGCCGUCGCGAGGAGGCCAACCAGCGUGAAUUCCAGGCUUGGCAACGCCGCUUUGAAGUCGCCGAGCGACAAGGUGGUGGCAGUCGGUUCCGCGACACAGCAUCCCUGUUCGAUCUUGAUCAUGCCCGACCAUCGCGACCUCGGCCUCCUAGAGUUCCAACACCGGAGCCUGAGUCCUUAGAGGAGAUGCGGGCUUGGAACGCCUUCGAGAGGGCACGAGAGAUCGAAAACAACCCGAGUGCAGCCAGGAAGCGCAAAGAGCCGACCAUGUCGCCGUCUCCGGAGCCUACAGAACCAGAGCGCAAGCUGAAGCGUCCUCGAACGAGGAGGCCGCAGGAGCUCGCGGCUCUCGCACAGCAAACUCAAAAUGGUGAAUCAUCCAGAGCUGCGAGCUCCAGUGUACGACCGGGUGGUGAUACCUCCGGACCAAGCUUCCUGUCAUCACUUUUGAAGGAGGUCGAAGACGCACCGAACCAUUCAUAUGGACCUUCGGCUUCGACAUCUGUCGCUCCUACCGACCACCCAUCUCCUGGUCCCUCUUCUCCCUCCAUCUCUCCCGCCUCAUCUCGGUACUCCUCCCCUCUCGUCUCAGCGGCCACACCGCCUCCUUUCCCACGCAGCCGCCCCAUCUCUCCCCUUCAAUUAUCCUCCCCGGCCCAACCCUCAUCUCCUCCUUUCUCUCCUGAAGUGUCCUUAUCGGGUAGUCCAUCGUCAAAUGGCGCGAAGGAAGACAAACCACAACGCCAGCCCGGUCGUCCUCGCUCCCGCAUCCCCCAACGAGCACUGUGUUUCGGGGCCUCCCGCUCCCCCGACUCAUCCCCUACUCGAACUGGUCCAUCCCUAGCUCUCAAAGCCGACAUCCAGAAAAUGGUGGGCACCGGAUUAAAACCCCACUAUAAGAAAAAGAUCAUAUCGAAAGAACAAUAUACGAACAUCAACCGGACCAUUUCUCGCAUGCUCUACGAGCGGGUUGGGGAUAAGGAAACGCUUGAGCCGGAUGAACGUACCAACCUCGAAACAGAGGCCAAGCACGAAGUGCAGAAUACAAUUGACGCACUGAAGGUGAAGAGCAAAGACAAGCAGAAACAGCGCAUGGUGGCGACCGACACAGACGGUGAUCUAUAA